UUGUUCGGUAGUAGCCUUAUUCUUCGUCUUUCUCUUCUAGUCCUCUUGACGCUGCUCCGUUUUUGUCAUCCUCCAGCCGGCAGGCUCCUGGAGACCCAACACCAUGCCUUCAAUUAAGUUGCAGAGUUCUGAUGGAGAAAUAUUUGAAGUUGAUGUGGAAAUUGCCAAACAGUCUGUGACUAUCAAGACCAUGUUGGAAGAUUUGGGAAUGGAUGAUGAAGGAGAUGAUGAUCCAGUUCCCCUACCAAAUGUUAAUGCAGCAAUAUUAAAAAAGGUUAUUCAGUGGUGCACCCACCACAAGGAUGACCCUCCUCCUCCUGAGGAUGAUGAGAAUAAAGAGAAGCGAACAGAUGAUAUCCCUGUUUGGGACCAAGAAUUCCUGAAAGUUGACCAAGGAACACUUUUUGAACUUAUUCUGGCUGCAAACUACUUAGACAUUAAAGGUAUGCUUGAUGUCACUUGCAAGACUGUUGCCAAUAUGAUCAAGGGGAAAACUCCUGAGGAGAUUCGUAAGACCUUCAAUAUAAAAAAUGAUUUUACUGAAGAAGAAGAAGCCCAGGUACGCAAAGAGAACCAGUAGUGUGAAGAGAAGUGAAAUGCUGUGCCUGACACUAACACUGUA